AUGGCAUCAUCUUCGUCAUUUUUUGCCUCCCCAUCUCGGGUGUUCACUGCCGCAAUCAUACUGCGCGUAGCCCUGUUGUUCUACGGGCUCUAUCAAGACGCCCAUUCUGCCAUGAAAUACACAGAUAUCGAUUACUACGUCUUCACCGACGCUGCCAGGUUUGUGUUAAGAGGCAAAUCGCCGUAUGACAGAGCUACGUACAGGUAUACGCCGUUGCUCGCGUGGUUGCUUAUGCCAACUGCAUGGGCGGGAUCUGGACCGCUGGGUAGCCUAUGGUUCUCGUUUGGCAAGGCAUUAUUUGCAUUUGCGGAUAUUGUAGCGGGCUGGUUGAUCGUCCAGGUGUUGAUUAUGAAGAAUCAGCAAGCCAUGGAUGUGACGCGGGCAUUAAAGUACGCCAGUAUAUGGUUGCUGAAUCCUAUGGUGGCGACGAUCAGUACAAGGGGCAGCUCGGAAGGCCUGUUGGGAGUGAUGGUUAUCGCACUGCUGUGGGCGGUUUUGCAAAGGAGAAUAAUCCUAGCAGGAUGUCUGCUUGGAUUGGGAGUGCAUUUUAAGAUUUAUCCGUUCAUUUAUGGGCCGGCAAUUAUCUGGUAUCUGGAUAACCCAGAGCAGUCUGAAAGGGUGAACAAAGAUUCAAGCAAAAACCCUAACUUGAUUGCCUGGGAUUUGCGGUUCGCUACUGUUGAACGAAUUACCCUCACGUUGGUGGCUUUGGGCGUGUUUACAGCAUUGAAUGUCGCGAUGUAUAUGAUUUACGGGUUCCCAUUUUUGCAACAUACGUUUUUACACCAUCUCACUCGCGUGGACCACCGGCACAACUUUUCGCCAUACAACAUGUUGCUGUAUCUAUCAUCUUCAAACACCGCCAAGGGCAUUCCCGGGAAUAAUUUCGAGUCGCUCGCAUUCAUUCCACAACUCAGUCUGUCUGCUAUUCUGAUUCCGCUUGUGCUGGCAAAGAAGGACCUUGCUGGAAGCAUGCUUGCCCAAACGUUUGCAUUCGUUGCGUUCAACAAAGUGUGCACUAGCCAGUAUUUCCUGUGGUACAUUAUAUUCCUACCGCUAUACCUCCCAUAUUCUUCGUUGAUAGCACAUCCUAUCCUCGGAGCUACUUCUGCAGCACUCUGGACUGCCGCGCAGGCUCUUUGGCUUCAGCAAGGGUUCAGGUUGGAAUUUUUGGGUAUAUCCACAUUUAUGCCGGGUUUGUUUGUCUCCUGCCUGGUAUUUUUCACUAUUAAUGUAUGGAUCCUCGGCAUCAUUGUGUCUGAUGUGGGGAUGUAUCGUCCCUACAUUAACCAUGAAACCAAGGCCAGCACCAAAAUCACAAAAGAAGGAUUAAUGGAAACCACUGUCAUAGAAUAG